CCGCUGGAGCCAGCGAGGGAGCCGGAGCGAACAGGAGGAGGAGGAGGAGGAGGCCAAGUCGCCGCCGCUCGGAGCCCGGCCGGAGCCUCCCAGGUACAUGGUUCAGGUCCGAGCCGUGGUGAUGGCCCGAGAUGACUCCAGUGGGGGCUGGCUGCCUGUGGGGGGCGGGGGCCUCAGCCAGGUGAGCGUUUGUCGGGUCCGAGGGGCCAGGCCCGAGGGGGGGGCCCGCCAGGGGCACUACGUCAUCCACGGGGAGCGCCUUCGGGACCAGAAAACCACCUUGGAGUGUACCCUGAGGCCAGGCUUGGUUUACAACAAAGUGAACCCCAUCUUCCAUCACUGGAGCCUGGGUGACUGCAAGUUUGGACUGACGUUCCAGAGUCCCGCGGAGGCUGAUGAGUUCCAGAAGAGCCUGCUGGCUGCGCUGGCUGCGCUGGGUCGAGGCUCGCUUACCCCCUCUUCCUCCUCCUCUUCCUCCUCCCCUUCCCAGGACACAGCAGAGACCCCCUGCCCUCUGACGUCCCAUGUGGACAGCGAGUCCUCCUCCAGUCACAGCCACCAGGAGACGCCUCCCACCGCCGCGGCGGCCACUAUCAUCACGGUGGAGUCAGCUUCUGGCUUCGGGCCAGCUACAUCCCCCCAGCGCCGCCGCUCCUCCACUCAGAGCUACCCUCCGCUCCUACCGUUCACGGGGAUUCCGGAGCCCUCAGAGCCCCUCACUGGGGCAGGGGGCCCGGGCUGGGGUGGCCGUGGCUAUGAGGAUUACCGGCGCGCCGGGCCGCCCGCACCCCUCGCCCUGUCCACCUGCGUCGUGCGCUUCGCCAAGACCGGCGCGUUGAGGGGCACAGCCCUGGGGCCCCCUGCCGCACUACCCGCCCCUCUCGCCGAGGCUGCGCCUCCAGCGCCCCCUGCUCGCCCACCCCCGGGUCCCGGCCCUGCCCCUGCGCCUGCCAAGGUUUCCCCCGAGGCGGAGGAGGCGGCGCGCUGCGUGCACUGCCGGGCGCUCUUCCGCCGCCGCGCGGAUGGGCGUGGUGGUCGCUGCGCGGAAGCCCCGGACCCGGGUCGCCUGCUGGUGCGCCGGCUCAGUUGCCUGUGGUGCGCCGAGAGCUUGCUCUACCACUGCCUGUCGGACGCGGAGGGUGACUUCUCGGACCCGUGCGCCUGCGAGCCAGGCCACCCGCGUCCCGCGGCGCGCUGGGCCGCGCUGGCCGCGCUCUCCCUGGCUGUGCCCUGCCUCUGCUGCUAUGCGCCCCUGCGCGCCUGCCACUGGGUCGCGGCGCGAUGUGGCUGCGCAGGCUGCGGGGGUCGCCACGAGGAGGCGGCGCGGUGAGAACGGCCUGGUGGGUCCGGUAGCUGCACCAAGGACCCCAAAAUGAGGGUCCAGGACCCUGGACUCCGUUCGGACCCCCAAACCCAAACCUAGGCACACCCGGAACUUGGAGCUUGAGUUUGGAUUGAGAGACCCCAGACCUGGAACCUGGACCCCAAACCUAGGACUGAGAGACCCCAGACCCAGCUUCAUUGGGAUGUCUGUCCAAGAGGUCCCAGGCACCCUGAGUUCUGGCACCCCCAUCCUGCCACCAACCCCCUCCCUGACCUAGACUGGGGAGACUCCAGGCAUCCCCAAACCCUUCACCUCAGGCAGGCUGGGAAGCACAUGUAUCCCCAAGAGACGCAGGGCCCUGAACCCCGACUCCCUGUUGAAAUAACCAACCCAGACCCUAUGAUGCCUGACACAUGAGCCCUCAGAUUACAGUGAGUCAGGACCUGUCGAUAACCUGACCCUGCCUUCAUACAAUUAACUCCCGGAUCUUGAGACCAUAGAACCCAGAUGCACCCCAAAUGGUCCCUGAAUGCUCACCUAAAACUUGGGGUACCCAUAUCUGAGAUAGUCUUGUAGCCCCCUAGGACCCUAGAGGCACCAAAAACCCUCUCAAGAUGCCCUGAGUCCAUAGGUGUGCCCAGACACAUGUUCUCUGCCCAAAAUGACUUGCAAGACUCAUCUCUGAGCCUCCCCGUGUUUUCCCCACCAAGAUCUAGAUGUCAGACUCCAGGAUGCUCUGGGAACCAAGGAUCAAAGACCUCUGUAGACCCACUCAUCCCAAGCCAGUGUUCCCAGAGCUUUGGAUCUCAUACAUAGAUUCUGAGGUGCCUAAUACUCCCAGAUGUAGUAUUGAAGGCCCCCAACCCCUUAGGGCCCAAGGCACUGGUCUCAAGUCCUCAGAUAACCCUCUUUCAAAAUCUCUUAGACUCGGAUUUCAAGCCCCAGAAUGGCCUGGAAUCUUUGGCUGCUUUGUACCCACAGAUCCCCAAUCCCCUCAAGGCUGGAAGCUCAUCUCCCAGAUGAUGGGAUGUUCAUGGCAACACAGGCCUCUCACCCCUUGGCCCCCAGCUCCUGAAUGACCCCGAGGUGCUUUGGGAGCACUGGUCCCAAGACCCCAAGGUGCCAUUGGUCCCCCAAAUUCAGGGCUUAAGCCUACACAACAUUGAGAUUGUCCCUAACUCAAGACCUUGGUCUGUCCACACCAGAGACAACUGAGGUGCUUCAGGACAGUAGCACCUUCAGAUCCCAGAUUUCUGUGGACUCAGACCUCUUCAGCCUGAUAUUUCCUGAUACCUGCUGCCCUUGAAUCCUGCUGUCCAUAAGCUCCUGAAACCCCAAGGUCCCAGACCUCCGAAUUUGAACUUUAAGGGCCCCAUCCCAAGCCCCCAGCAUCUCACAGAACUACUCCUUUACUACGGUAAAAACAAAAAACAAACCCCAUCAUCUUGAGCUCAUGUUUCUGGGUUCCAGGAGCAUCCCAGAACUCCACGUCCAUCUCUAGGACCCAGCAUUGUCAUAGAUGACGGUGCAAACUGUUUGCUAAGCAAAGACACACAGUCAAGAUGGGGGUGGCUGGAAUGCACACCACACUCUGCUGGCUGCACAGUGCACAGAGUGGACACACACACACACACACACACACACUCACUCCCUUUGCACUCUACCCCAAGGCCAACCUUAAGCCCCAGCCCUAGUCCAAGCUUUUUAUGUUCUGCCCUGUUAACCCCUUCCCUUCCAUCUCAGAGUUGGGGGUAGCUUUGUGAAGCUUGAAAGCCGGUUUCAUGGCCCUCUGUGAUGCCACAGUCUCUUUUCCCUGAGUGGAAUGGGACUUUCAGGGUACCUCAGAUAUGAUGAUGGCCUGAAGAUGGCCUUCAGAUGGCCUGAAGCAGAGGAUCAAGGUCUUGGGAACAAGACAAUUUCAAUGCUGUAUGGGCUUGGGACCUGCCUGUGGUCCCAAGCAUCUGGAAAUGUGCAUUUACCUUUCUUCAUUACUCAGACUUGGAUGGCCUUGUAGGGGUUUCAAGGGAUAGGUCAAGGGGGUCAGAGGGCUAGAUCCUUCUGUCACUUCCUUUAAAUUAUUAACUAUUUAUUACAUCCGGAACCUGUGAGAUUCCGCUCUCCCAACCAGACCCUGGGAUGGGUGAGAGAAAAGGGGGAUGUCCCUCCUAUCCCCACUCUGCCCAGCUCUUGUCACUGGCAGACCCACCAGAGCUGAGGGCGGAGGGACCGGGGGCUGGGGCGGCCUGGGUCCCCAUCCCCUUCUCUGUGCCUCGGUCUCCUCCCUUCCGUGGUGGGCGGGGGGAAGCUCCAUUCUUAACCUACCUCGUUUUGGGGAGGGGUGGGACGGGGACCAGAGUGCUGUAAGGUGCUGUGGGAUCUGCGGAUGAAGCGGUGGGAGUUGGGGAAGUUUCCCCCAGCCCCCACCUCCCAGCACCGCCUCUCCCAGGUCUCCCAGUCCUGCUCCCUGCUGAUACCCACCUCUGAUCCAUGAUUACUCUUCAUCACCCCCAAAUCAGGGGUGUAUGGAGGGCUGACCCUGGGAGCCAGGAAGACCUCAGACCCUGGAGCCCCCAGGCCCAAUUUCCCAGCUGCUUGCCCCUCAGAUUGGAUGCUUGGCCCCCAGAUUUGGGGGAGGCACCCCGACAUUUAUCUUCCUGAUCUUGAUUCCAAGCCAGUCUGUGACCUCAAUAUUGUUAUCAUCAGUGCAGGCUGCCAUGGCGGGGGAGGAUGGGAGCCAAAGACCCAGCCUUGUCAUUGGGGAGGGGGCAUGAGUUAUUCGCUCCAAGAAAUGUCUGUGACAAAGUC